AUGAAGGACUGCUCGAGCACGCGUAAAGACAGCGCUGUUUGGGGAGCCCUCAACGGCGGCGCCACUGGCAGUACGAAGAGCAACAUUAUUGCGACGCCCACUGCUGGAGAUCAAAACAACCUUACCAGUGGCAGGAGCAGCGAGCACGGGGAGUGCAUCAGCAGGGAAGAAGCACAAAGGGAGGAAGGCCAGUUGGGCGAUGCCAACAGGGGAAGUGAAAACUGUGCAGAGGGGCUGAGCGAUAAAGGUGUACCCCCGCUGAACGAUCAACAUACUGAUGGACUGAGCGACGCGGAAAACGUGCACAGGACCCACAUCGACGCGCUGCGGAAGCUGAAGUCAAACCCAGAAAUAAAUCUAAAGAGAGGGGAAGAAAUAGUUAAGAACGCGUGUGUGUUCGUUUCGGACGAUCUGCCAUUAAAGAGGAAAAUUGAAGCCCCGACGGAGGAGUUUAUAAAGCGACUCUCCAUGAACGCCUUCCAUUUGUACUUCCCCCCGUAUGCCUCGUGUUACAACCAAAUAUCAAUGGCCCUGCUUUACCUCAGUGGAGACGUAGGUGACAUCCUCAUUGGGCUGAAAUACUUGAUAGAGAAUCUGAACGAAAUAAACUUUUUAGUGUUGAGCUUUAUUGAAAAAUUGAAAAGGAAAAAAAAAGUAAAAAGAAACCAAGUGGUUCUGCAUCUGAUUGAGUUUCUCCAAAAUAGACUCUGCGAAGAAAACUUAAAUUAUAAAUACAGCCGGGAACACAUGUUGGACUUUUACGACAAUCUCAUGCAUAGCAACAGGACUUUCUUCGAGUCAGGCCUCGUGAAGGACGCGGUGGACGUGAAGGACCUGAGGCUAAUCUACUUCUACACGCACGGCGUUCGGAUGAAGAGCGAGAGCAGCUUCGUGAAGGAGGUACUCCACCCGAGCAGGGACUCGCCCGCCGAAGCGGAGAAUCCUUGCGGCGAGGGCCAGGUGGGCAGAGGAGUGAACAGAGAAGUGAACAGAGGAGUGAACAGAGGAGUGAACAGAGGAGUGAACAGAGAAGUGAACAAAGAAGUGAACAGCCAAGUGAACAGCGAACUGAGCAGCCACUUGAACAGCGAACUGAGCAGCCACUUGAACAGCCACUUGAACAGCGAACUGAACACCGAACUGAACAGCCACGUGAAUAGACGAAACUUUGUCAUUACAAACAGCGGACACGAAUUAAAUUUCAAAUGUAAAAAAAAAAAAAAAAAACUGGUGGGAGAGAUCCCCGUCCCGAAUGUACACCUAGGGUUACACUCAUGCUUUAGAGAAAAAUCCAUCUACGAUGUUGGAAGUUGCGAUUUAUUUUUUAAAAAAAAAAAAAUGUGUAAAUAUAUUUCCAAGUGUGUUGGGAGGUACAUAAAGGGUCGGAAGAACAUGUGCAGAAACGGAGACACCGAUAUUUGCAGCUGCCUCUCCAGCAUCAUUGUAAGCGUAUUCAGUGACGCCAAACUUCGGGAAAAGGUUAACAUCGCCAAGAAGGAAGUCAAGAGUGUUAAAAGCAUUUUGGUUAAAAUUAAAAGGAUAGAAAAUUUGGUGGACCGGAUGAUAAAGUACGACCCUGAAAAUAAAAUCGGAAAAAAAAAAGAAAAAGAAAAGGGCAAGGGCAAGGGCAAGGAGAAUGAUGCAGGGGGGACGGGUGAUGAAGAAGACUCGAAUGCAGAAAGCGAUGAAAGCAUAAAAACGCACUACUACGAAAACUACGAUUUUAAUUUUGUGUUCCUGGGAAGUGUAAAAAAGGGAUCCGAUCGGCACAGGUCUUUGUUGUUUAAGCUGCUUUGCGACUCGGUGGAUAUUCCCUGCAGAUUUGUCCGUUACGUGAAGAACCAUAGGGUCAAGUACUUCAACCUCGUCUUAGUUCCGUCCCUUCCAGAGCAAAAUAUCCCCGAGUGCAUUAUCCCCAUCUUUUGGGAGGAGAAGGCAAAAAUGAAGACCAACUCAAGUGCGCAGUCGAAGAUAACCGUUUCGAACUUUACCAGUAAUGUGAAAAUGACUCUAGGAUACAUUGACAGUUUUUUUUUGAAAAUAUGGGAGGCGAACAACGAAGUUGUAAACCUAGACGAGCACUUCAUCUUUGAGAAAAAGUUGGGAGUGGGUGGAUUUGGCGAAGUGUGGGAGGUGUCCCUCAAGGGGGAUAGAGAAGCACAGAGCUCAUUUUUCUUUCCGAGCAUAAAAGACACGAGGCACUUUGCGUUGAAGAUUAUGGACAUGAACGAAUUCAACCUGAACGAGUCUGUGAUCCUGCGGGAGAAGGCACACACCAACGUCGUGAAGAUUUACUGCACCUUCAAGGGCUACCAACUGCUGUUGAACAGGCAGCACCAGGAGGAGAAGAAGGAGUGCCUCUGCUUCCUGCUGCAGCUGGCCGACACGUCAUUGGAAAAGGUCUUCUGCGACAAGGGAGCUGCAUACAACCUGAAUUUUGUGCGAAUGACCCUGUUGGAGAUAGCCAACGUAAUGUCUUUUAUUCACAAGCCAAAUGACAAGCAAGAAUUUUAUAUAUAUCGGGACUUGAAGCCGGACAACGUGUUGUUAAAGGAGAAGAAGAUCCUGCUGACGGACUUCAACCUGUCCAGGAAGGUCGAUCAAGACUUCGAGUACCUUAUGAGUCAGUGUUGCGGCACAAAGGGUCACUUGGCACCUGAGCAGAAAAGCGUGGCUUACAAUAGGACUGUUGACAUUUGGGCCUUUGCAGUUAUUGUGUCCAAAUUUCUGAAGCACAAAAAUUUCCACUACUUUUCGCAUGGGGGAUAUAAGGUGGACUUGAAGCAUUUUGAGAUUCAGGACAAAUUCCUGAUAAACCUGCUGCUCUCCUGCAUCGACGAGAACCCCUUCAUGCGGCCCACCUUUGGAGAGAUUUCCCGGAUGAUUAUUAACGAAAUUGUGAGGAACGAGCUGGAGAGGUAUGGGCGGGCCACCCUUUUGAAGACAGCUUGGGAGAAGUAG